AUGUCUACCGUUAUAAAAUAUGAAUUAAAAGAAUUAAGAAAAUUGGCUAAUGACCAAAAUUCUUGUGUCAUUGAAAAAAAAGUGACUCAAAAUUUAGCAUUACAACCGUGGUGUUUAGGAAACCUUAAAGAAUCUUUAAAAAAAUUAUUAGAUCAUAAAAUAGGAAAGUAUGAUAAAGAAUUCCACGGUAUUAUGAUGAGUUACAAGAAUCUUCAUGUUCUUCAAAAUGUUGGAGCCAUAAGAAAUGACAAUGCUGAUAUUCAUUUUCAAGUGCAAGCUGACUACUUUGUAUUUCAACCAUGUGUGGGGGCUACAUUAAGGGGUGUUGUUAAUAAAAAAAGCACAACUCACUUGGGUAUACUUGUUCACAGGGUGUUUAAUGUUGUUAUUCCAAGGCCAGUAGAAGAACCUUGCAAUAAAUGGAUUGGAACUAGUAUCCAGGAAGGCCAGGAAGUUGUGUUUCGGAUUGUAGUAUUAGAUCUUUAUGGAGCACUGCCUUACAUAAGGGGAGAACUGGAUGAGAGUUGGUUGGAAAAAGCAAAUGAAGAGGAAGACGAUGUUGAAUCAACAUCAUCUAAAGCUCAGCCCAUCGAUAUAUCUCAUGUGGAUUUUAAUAAAACUAAACCUAGCCAAGAAGAAAAGCACCUUGAUGAAGGAUUUACGCCAACAGUAACACUAGUUGAAACGAAAACUAAAAGAAAGGAUUCUAAAGUAUAUAAGAAACUGAAAAAAUUAUAA